AAUAAUGUCUCAAACUGAUCCAUCAUUUAAUAUCGGUAGUUGUUUAAGCGUGUAUAAAUUUCUACCGAUAUAUUUUUUCUUCUUGAUAUUUCAGUUGUUAUUGUGAAGUUAUUAUGACGUAUACAAACAACCACUGAUAUUAUAAAUUUUCGAGUGGUCGUAGUGAUGGAUGUAUGAACACAAGCUAUUUACGUGUUUUAGUACAUGGUAAUGCUAGGCUUAGCAGACUCAGUGUUUUGAACAUUUUAUGACAUUUUCGUGAAAUAAUUAAGAAAUGCCGUACGCCAACCAGCCUUCUGUUCAUAUUAGUGAAAUUACCAAAGAAAAUGUGAAAUUCUUUAUUGAAGAUACUGAUUUAAGUGUUGCAAACAGUCUGAGAAGAGUAUUUAUUGCUGAAGUAGCAACAUUAGCAAUUGAUUGGGUACAACUGGAAGGGAAUUCUUCAGUUUUACAUGAUGAAUUUAUUGCUCACCGUCUUGGCCUGAUUCCUCUCACAAGUGAUGAUGUUGUUGACAAGAUGCAGUUUUCACGGGACUGCACGUGCAUUGAUUUCUGCCCAGAAUGUUCAGUAGAGUUUCAGCUUGAAGUUAAGUGUCUCGAAGAACAGACAAAACAUGUUACAACUGCUGACUUGAAGUCUAGUGAUCCAAGAGUUGUACCUGUAACUUCAAGACAUAGAGAAGAUGACUCAAGUGAAUAUGGAGAAACAGAUGAUAUUCUUAUAGUGAAACUUAGGAAAGGCCAAGAGCUUAAGUUCCGUGCCUAUGCCAAGAAAGGUUUUGGAAAGGAGCAUGCUAAGUGGAACCCAACUUGUGGUGUUGCUUUUGAAUACGAUCCAGAUAAUAUAUUUAGACACACAACAUUUCCAAGGCCUGAAGAAUGGCCUAAAAGUGAAUAUUCAGAACUAGAGGAUGAUGCUUAUGAAGGAGAAUUUGUAUGGGAUAGCAAACCUAACAAGUUCUACUUUAACGUAGAAUCUUCAGGAGCCUUGAAGCCAGAAACCAUUGUGCUAUCAGGUUUACAUGUAUUAAAGAAGAAACUCAGUGAUCUUCAGACUCAACUUAGUCAUGAAAUGCAAAAUGAUGCUUUAGCUAUCAGUUGAAACCAUGAUUAUUUCUAGGAAUUUUGACAGACUUUUCUUAUAAAACAUUUUUAGAUUUGAAAACCAUGUAAUUUUUGUGUCAUUUCUCGUAUAAAAAAUGGUGAAUGUUGUAAAAAAA